CUUGAAUGCUUCAGCAACUGAACUUCGAUCGGAUAUAUCUAGUGCAAUGGAUUGAUGGCCCGUUCCAAAACUGGAUAAAAAUCUUGCCUCUACUGCUUUGGCUCGCUCCGGCUGCUGGCUCACCAAGAUGACCUUGGCUCCUCGUUGGGCAAAAGAUUCGGCAAUGGCUAAGCCUAUGCCACGACUAGCUCCUGUAACAAGCGCAAUUUUGUUUGAAAAGGCAUUUUGCUUCACAUUUGUAUGCACUUGUCUGCAUAAAGUCCAUGCACCACGACUCAACAUGAGGACUAGGAAAGUCACGGUGGGUUGCAGAAGAGGCUAUUUUGAACUUUUCCGUAAUCCAUCCCACUUUUUUAUUCUGCUGUCAUGGAUUCAACUUUAGGAAAGCAUCACCGAACGAUGGAAGACUCCUACGCACAAGAUCUAGAUUUCGCUUCCGAUCAAGAGGAUUUCUCCCUUCCUCGUAACGUACAGCCAACUGGAUAUGUUGAUACCGAUAAGCUAGACCAGGCAAGCAUGGAUAUCCACUUGCCAGAGACCAAUAAGGGCUACAAGCUACUGUUAAAAAUGGGCUGGGCUGCAGGUGAAGGUUUAGGCAGCGACAGACAAGGUAGGGUGGAUCCCAUAAGAAUUGAUCUAAAGAUGGAUGCUUUGGGGGUUGGAAAAGCUGAAGAAUUGAUGGAAUACCAUGUGUCGUCAACUGCGCAACGCCGAGCGCUGGAUAGCGAGAAGCAGUUAGAAGAAACGGAAGAAGAAAAGCUGAAAAGGCAAAUGGACACAUUAAAAAAAGAAGAAGUUAAGAACGACAUCAAGGAAAUACUGCGAGCUUUCUAUUGCGAAUUAUGCGACAAGCAAUAUAGCAAAAUCAGUGAGUACGAACAACAUCUACAGAGCUACGACCACCAUCACAAAAAGCGUUUCAAGGAUAUGCGAGAUACUUCCAAAAAAUCCGAAGGUGCUAUUGCAGAACGUGAAAGUCGCCGAGAACGUGAACGCAAAAGGGAAGAAAGGGAAAAUAGACGUAUUCAUGAAGCCAUGCUCAAAAAGUCUGGUGUCAAACCAGAUCAAAUACCAAGCAAAUGGAACGCCUCCAAGCCAGGAAAUUCUGACUUGGCAAGCGGAGGUGGUGUGGCUAAACAGGGUGGUGGAUCAACGAACGGUGGAUGGAUAGCCAGUGGUAAUGAUAGCAAGAACCUCUCAGGUGGAUGGCAGACAGCGCCUGAGGCAUCGGCAAAUUUGGCUUCGAAGGGCAGAUCGGCAAUGGAUGGAUGGUCAACGGUUACAGCCUCAUCCGAAAGAAAAUCUGACGGCCAACUGCUUCAAAGUAGUAAUGUCUCUUCUGAAUCAACGGCUGCUACAAGUACCAACGCUGUGGAAGUGGAAAAACCUCAGCUGUUUGUUGGAAAGAAGCAACCACAAAAGAUGUCAUUUGGAAUCAACAAGAAACCGGCUGUAAAGUUUGGAUUCAAGAAAGAGUGACUUAUGACAUUGGAUUAUAAGCCUCAGUUUUUGUUGAAACUCUCCCUCCAAUUGGGACGCCUAUGACUGAAUGAAGCCAAUUCAAUAGCUGUCUCGCAAGUAUACCAUGGGCCAUAAAAAGCAUCCAGAAAUAUUUUCUAAUGAUUCGAAUGUUUUAUUUUUUGACUACAUAGGGUCGUUCAGAUGUUAGAUAAACGCCCCAAAUUCACGAUCUGUAUAACAUAUAAAAUAAAGUGUGGCUCUAAGCUGUACUACCCAUCCACGCAUCCAUGGCAGUAGUAGUGUAAUCUAACAAUUUGCAGCUUUUUUGAACGACACUGACAUGUUCUGGUAAGUCUAGCUUCUCAUAGUAUGCGUAUUCUAAUUCGAGGGUUAGA